UCUGUCUCAGACCACACGCUUUCACUCCGGACGCACAUAGAGCGCCUGACAUCGUCGCUGUCUUUCUCACAACACUUAGCCAACAAAAAACCCGACAGCAUGGGGAAAGGCUGCAUCUCUGCUACCAAGUACUUCCUCUUCCUCUUCAAUCUCCUCUUCUUUAUCUUUGGAGCCCUGAUUAUGGGAUUUGGCCUCUGGGUUCUCCUGGACACACAAAGCUUCAUCACUGUCCUGCAGGACACGUCGGUAGCACUGCAGGUGUGUCCAUACAUCCUGAUUGGAGUGGGGGGAUUCUCCAUGCUCAUGGGCUUCCUGGGGUGCUUGGGGGCCAUCUAUGAGAUACGCUGCCUCCUGGCAUUGUACUUCAUCUGUCUGCUGCUGAUUCUGCUGGCUCAGUCGGCGGCUGCUGUCCUCAUCUACUUCUACAGAGACCCGCUAAGGAACGGUCUGACAGAUGCUGUUACCAAGAUUCUAAAGAACUAUCCCGGCCAGAACAAGGCCCCUGAGCAAGCCUGGGACUACAUCCAGCGCACGAUGGAGUGCUGUGGCUGGACUGGUCGUGUGGAUUGGGAGGAGAACCCCGUGGUGAUCAACAGCUCUCAGCUGCUCUACCCCUGCUCCUGCCGCAACGUCUCCAUGGCAACGCAGAACGCCACCGAGACCGGCUUCUGUGAUGCUGACUCCCCCGACUGGCCUGUCUAUGAGCAGGGUUGUAUGACCAAUGUGGAGAGCUGGCUCUUCACCAACUACGGAGUGAUUCUGGGCAUCUGUCUUGGGGUGGCAGUCAUUGAGCUCCUGGGUAUGAUAUUGUCCAUGGGACUAUGCAAGAGUGUCCACCAAGAGGACUACACCAAAGUGCCAAAGUACUGAGGCCAAGAUAAAGGGAUACCCACGUAGAGACACACAUACACAUACACACACAUACACACACACACACACACACACACACACACACACACACACACACACACAAACACACACACACACACACAUACAUUUAUCUGUUUUCCCAAGUCCUGUUGCCUCCUUGUUGUCAGGAGUUUUUUUUGUUUACUCUGUUUGUAUGUUUAUAUGUACAGGGUUGUGUGUGUGUGUGUGUGUGUGUGUGUGUGUGUUUGAGGUUCCUCUUUUCAUCUCUUCAUCUUUACACAAAAGAUUUGGAAGCUUUAAAUAGGAAUGGAACAAGGCAAGGUUCAGUGUGAGUGUGUUUUUGUAUGUAUCUAUGUAUGUGUGUGUGUGUGUGUGUGUGUGUGUGUUUGAGUUUGUGUGAGUACGUCCAAAGUUGUAAGAGCAGACCAGCAUUAUAAAAGGAAUUCCUCUAGGUUUGUGUGUGUGUGUGUGUGCAUUUUGAAUUGAAAUUGACUUCCUGUAAAUUAGUGUUGCUUGUAUGUGUAUGUGUGUGUGUGUGUGUGUGUGGGCAUGUGUUUACAUAUUGUUUACUGUAUAUAAACCAGUCUGUUAGCUUUGCUUUCGUAGCGGUUGAUCUAAAACUUGUUUUAUUUUUCAUUUCUUCUGUGUUUCUGUGUGUUUACGCUCAGACCCAGAGAUAGGAUGUUUGCUCUACUCAGCAGUUGUUUAGUUAAAGAUGUGGGUAGGUAAAGCAGCUCUCAAAGCCAAAUGAAGACAGUGGGAGCUUUUAAAAUAAAGAUGGUUGACAGUUUUAAAAUGAGCACAUGGAUGGAUGUGUUUUUAAAGUUGAGGAUGGUCUGUAGUUGUAAAAAGUUUUUUUUUUUUUAAAUGGCUGUAUGUUUUAAAUGAAAAGUGUGAUGAGGUGUUGUUCUGUUCUUGCUCGCCUCCACCUGCUCCCUCAGCUGAAUCACCCCACCCCUCCUAACCACAAUACACCCUAAUUCCAUGCUACAAAUGCACCUGCACCUUUUGUUUACCACACAAACAAACAAACAAACAAACAAACAAACAAAAAUAAAGGCGACUGUGACAGAGAAGCUCAGUGAAGGGUGGCUUGAGUCUCUCACACUUCUAACCCAACUGGGGCUGUUCUGGAGAAUGGUCUCUGUCAGGGUUGCUUAGUCGUUGCGGAAAAUGACAAAAAAUAUAUAUAAAAACAAAUAAAGUGUAUUUUUCUUCAAGAGAAGUGCAGGUUUCUGUCCCUUCCCCUUCCUGAUGCAAACGCUAGAGGUCAUGGAUAGGAAAUGUGUGUGAAUGUGUGUGUAUUUGUGUGUGUGUCUCUCUGUCUCUCUCUCUUUCUCUCUCUCUCUGUGUGUGUGUGUGUGUGUUUAUGUGUAUGAGUGUGUGUAGAGGGAAGGAGGUUUAGCGGGAGGUCGGGCAUUCGUGUGAAUGGGGAAGGGAAAAUUGGCCCUGUUGGAUAUGUUUCUGUGUGUGUGUGUGUGUGUGUGUGUGUGUGUGUGUGUGUGUGUGUGAUUUGUAUAGUAAACCAUGUUGGCUGUGGAAAGAGAUCAAUUUUAUGUAAAUUUUUAAUACAUUUUAAUGAAGACCUUUGUUAUACUUUUUUAAUGUAAAAGAAGAAAAUACAACACUACAAACUGUUCUUUUAAACAUGUCUACUUUUAUUUUGUAAUUUCUGUGUGUAUGGAAGAAUUCCUCUACUCUUAAGUAAUGUUAAAACUGUAGGACUAUUAAACUGUCAUUUUCUCUUCUGUCAUUCUGUUCUGUAGUUGAACCUGUUACAAUAAAGUCAACUCACACAA